GGGCACCAGCAGAACAUAAAGUGAGCUGCGCGCACACGGGGCUCAGCAGUAAACCUGGAACCGGCGGAGGUGAGAGUAGCUCCGCUUAGUUCUGAGGAAACAGAAGAGCAGAUAAAUCCACGGGGAGGAGAACAUGAGCUGCGGGGAAGCUCCACACCUGCACGCGCUGGUGGGCUCUUUUCUCCGGGUGCGCAGGAGGUGAUGCGCUCUGAGACACUAGGGUUGUUUAUGUUCAACAGAGGAUGGGUGAGCUGUGGAACCACAACACAACUACCCCCUGGAACCGGUCUGCGGGUCAGGACCGGUUCAGCAGCCUGGAUGACAUCGACAUGCCUGCGGACGGCUCUCCCACUCUGCGCAUCCUCAUCUCCAUCGUGUACUCGGUGGUGUGCGCAGCUGGACUGGUCGGAAACCUACUGGUGUUUUUCCUGAUGAAAGUGCGUCGGGGCAGGAAGAAGCGCUCCAGUAUCAACUUAUUCAUCCUUAACCUGGCCGUGACGGACUUCCAGUUUGUGCUGACCCUGCCCUUCUGGGCUGUGGACACGGCUCUGGACUUCAGCUGGCCCUUUGGAAACGCAAUGUGUAAGAUCAUCCUCUCCGUGACCGUGAUGAACAUGUACGCCAGCGUGUUUUUCCUCACUGCCAUGAGCGUCACUCGGUACUGGUCGGUGGCCUCUGCCCUCAAAGACCGGACCCGGAGACGCGUGUGCCCGGUGCGCUGGGUGAUCGCGGGGCUGUGGGUCUCCGCCACCGUGGCCUCUUUGCCCACAGCCAUCUUCUCCACUGUUAAGAGCGUGGCGGGUGAAAGGCUGUGUCUGUUGGGUUUCCCAGAUGGACAGUCGUGGCUCGCCCUGUACCACCUCCAGAAGAUCCUGGUGGCUUUUGUGUUCCCCAUGCUGAUCGUCACUGUGUGCUACCUGCUCCUGUUGCGCUUCGUCCGCCUGCGCAGUAUGAACAACAACCAGGUGAAGCGGAGGUCCAGGGUGACCCGGUCCGUCACCAUUGUGGUCUUGUCCUUCUUCAUCUGCUGGAUGCCCAACCACGCCAUUACAUUCUGGGGUGUACUGGUGAAAUUUAACGUGGUGAACUGGGAUAAGACCUACUACAUGGUGCACACGUACAUCCACCCGGUGACCGUGUGCCUGGCGCACACCAACAGCUGCCUGAACCCGGUGCUCUACUGCCUGAUGCGGAGGGAGUUCAGGAAGAAGAUGAAAGAACUGUUCUGGAGGAUUUCCUCUCCCACCGGGGCCAACACCUGCCACCUUCGGCCGUUCUCCGGGACAGUGAGAGCGGAGCCGGAUGACACACAGAUAGUCAUCCCGCUGAAUAACGUGGAGACGGAGAACUGCCGUCUGUCUGUGUUAACAGAGCAGUGUGACACCGACAAGUAACCCUGGCAGUAACCAUGAAGUCUGCUGGUAGUCUGAAACUUAGUAUUAAUUAUCCACAGAAACAAUGACUCUAAUUACUCUGUGAUUUAUCCUGGCGUACACUACUAGAUCGUGUUCGUGCGCCUUCAUAGUUGGAAAAGCACCCUUCAGAUUGUGCCAAACAGACGCCCUUUGCAAAAAAUUAAGUAACAAACACACGUGGCGCAUUUGAUGUUCUUUGUCUUUGCAUCACAGGGUUUUAUUUCCAUAAUCACUGUUUAAAGGUGGGAAGCACAAAAGAACUGAACUCUUGUGCGUAAAUUGCGCACGAUUACGCGCAGUGCGUCAAACCAUCCAGUUGUAUUUCUGCCUUUCAUCACCACACUAAGGAUCUGUUGUCGCAGCGACGCUCAAAUCGUUUCUUUCGUUUGGAAAGCUCACCCGUUUUUCGUCAUUAUUAAAAAAAAUAUAUAUAUAUAUAUAUAUUUAAUGGCAUUUUGACUAAACGCCACAUCUGAUGCUGCUUUGUGCUCAAAGUGCUCUCUGUGCUGUAUUGGAGCUGAGGAAUGAGUCCACUCGUGAUUGUGCAGGAGAGAAAAUCAACCUGCUGCUGCUUCGAACAUGACGUUGUGGAGUAUUCUAGAUAUUUAUUGUUGAUGGUGUGUUCAAUGUAAAGCUUGUGAAUGUACAAAAAAAUACCAAAACAACCUUAAAAUAUUUUGACAAUAAAUGUUUCUAUUUGUGUUCUCA